CAAUGAGGAGGUGCAUAAUCUCCUCUGGCAUUAUGAAGCUGUAGUAUCUGCUCUGAGAGCAGUGAAUUCAUCCGGCUCAUUAGCCUCUGCCCCACACAGCUCUAGCAACUGAAUCCAGGGCUGAGUCCUGACAACUUCCUUCAGCACUGAUGCUUAUUUCUGUUCAGCUGGCUGUCUGGUGUCUGUCCCUUCAUUCUAGGUUCUGUCUGUAAUCGGAGAAGACAAGUGUCUCCAGAGAGCUAUUUACUUUGCUUUACUAACAACAGAGGAAACCAGAUGAUAUCUAAGACCAAAUGUGCAACUUUAACACCUCUAAAGUUAGGGUGAAGUCUUGGGCAGAUGCCUUUGGUGGGGAGCUAUACUCCAUUGUGACCAAGUAUUCAGGCUCUCUCCUGUUGCAGAAGAAGUACAAAGACGUGGAGCCGACUCUGAAGAUCAAAGAGGUGGACGGCUUGGAGCUGGUGAAGAAGUUCUCAGAGCAGAUGGAGAGCAUGCUCCGCAGGAAGGUCGAAGCCGUUGAGCGGUUGGUGGAAGCAGCAGAGGAUGCAGAUCUGAACCAUGAGUACAACUCCUCGCUGGAGUUUGAUUACUACAAUUCCCUCCUGAUUAAUGAGAAGGAUGAAAAUGACAAUUAUGUGGAGCUUGGAGAUGAAUUCAUUCUGGAGCCAAAUGAGCAUUUCAAUAACCUGCUGGUGAACACAACAUACAGCGAUAUCCAGCUCCCCACCAAUGUCUACAACAAAGACCCCGACAUCCUGAAUGGCGUUUAUAUGUCAGAAGCCUUGAACCCUAUUUUUGUGGACAACUUCGAAAGGGAUCCCACACUGACCUGGCAGUACUUCGGCAGCUCCACAGGCUUCUUCAGGCUCUACCCGGGAAUAAAGUGGCUACCAGAUGAGAAUGGGGUCAUCUCCUUCGACUGCAGGAAUCGCGGCUGGUACAUCCAAGCAGCCACCUCUCCCAAGGACAUUGUCAUCAUUGUGGAUGUCAGUGGGAGCAUGAAGGGUCUGCGGAUGACCAUUGCCAAACACACCAUCGUCACCAUUUUAGAUACUCUGGGGGAAAACGAUUUUGUGAACAUCAUUGCAUACAAUGAUUACGUUCAUUUUAUUGAACCCUGUUUUAAGGGUAUCCUGGUGCAAGCAGACAGAGAUAACAGAGAGCACUUCAAGCAGCUGGUGGACGAACUGCAGGCAAAAGGAGUGGGGACGGUGAACAAGGCCUUGACAGAGUCCUUCAAAAUCCUGAGGGAGUUCAGAGAUGCCGGUCAAGGAGGCUUGUGUAACCAAGCCAUCAUGCUGAUCACAGACGGAGCUGUGGAGGAUUAUGAAGCUGUGUUUGAAAAGUACAACUGGCCAGAUCGGAAGGUGCGGGUUUUCACUUACCUCAUCGGACGGGAGGUCACUUUUGCCCCCAACGUGAAAUGGAUCGCCUGCAACAACAAAGGCUACUACACUCAGAUCUCCACGCUGGCAGAUGUCCAGGAGAACGUGAUGGAGUACCUGCACGUGCUCAGCCGUCCCAUGGUCAUCAACCACGACCAUGACAUUAUUUGGACUGAGGCCUACAUGGACAGUGCGCUCUUUGCAUCUCAGGCUCAAAGUCUGUUGCUCAUGACAACGGUGGCUAUGCCAGUCUUCAGCAAGAAGAAUGAGACGCGAUCUCACGGCAUACUGCUGGGUGUGGUGGGCUCUGACGUGCCCCUGAGGGAGUUGUUAAAACUUGCUCCACGGUAUAAGCUGGGUGUCCACGGCUACGCCUUUCUGAACACCAACAACGGCUACAUCCUUUCUCACCCAGACCUCCGUCCUUUGUAUAAAGAAGGAAAGAAACUGAAGCCUAAGCCAAACUACAACAGCGUAGAUCUCUCGGAAGUGGAAUGGGAAGACCAGGAUGAAAUACUGAGAACUGCCAUGAUCAAUGGGGAAACAGGCUACCUCUCUAUGGAUGUGAAGGUCCCUGUGGAUAAGGGGAAGCGAGUUCUCUUCCUCACCAAUGAUUAUUUCUUCACGGACAUCAGUGGCACACCAUUCAGCCUGGGGGUCGUGCUGUCCAGGGGACACGGGGAGUACAUUCUGCUGGGGAACACUUCUGUGGAAGAAGGUUUGCACGACCUGCUCCAGCCAGACUUGUCUUUAGCGAAUGAAUGGAUUUACUGCAUCACGGACAUCGAUCCCGACCACCGGAAGCUCAGCCAGCUGGAGGCUGUGAUCCGUUUCCUCACGGGAGAGGAACCUGACCUGGAAUGUGAUGAGGAGUUGGUCCAGGAAGUGCUGUUUGAUGCCGUGGUCACUGCACCCAUGGAAGCCUACUGGACGACACUAGCCCUCAAUAUGUCCAUGGAGACUGAGGCAGGGGUUGAGAUGGCAUUUCUGGGCACUCGAGCUGGACUCAUGAGGAGUGCUCUGUAUGUGGGCUCUGAGAAACUUUCCAACAGGAAAUUCCUGACUCGGAAGGACAAGGAGAGCAUCUUCACCAUGGACCACUUCCCUCUGUGGUAUCGCCGGGCAGCCGAGCAUCCCCCUGGGAGCUUCAUCUACAGCAUAGUUUCAGAAGAUGAUUCAGAGGGAGGAGGCCUUCCAAAAGUGGUGACAGUGAGCACAGCAGUGGCUGUAUCUGUGGAUGGGAAGAUGGGUAUUGCUGCAGCGGUGGGUGUGCAAAUUAAGCUGGAGUUACUGCAACGCAAGUUUUGGAUGGCCAUGCAACAGCCCAAUGACACCGAUUGCAGUGCCUUGGAUGGUGCCUGUCCACUGAGCUGUCAGGAUGACGUUCUGAAUUGCUUCCUCAUUGAUAAUAAUGGCUUUAUACUCAUUUCCAAAAGACCUGCAGAGACUGGAAAAUUUCUUGGUGCAGUGGAUGGCUCAGUAAUGACCCAGCUGCUGAACAUGGGCAUGUUCAAGAAGGUGACCAUGUAUGACUAUCAAGCGAUGUGUAAGAUACCCUACCACCACCACAGUGGUGCCCGGCCGCUGCUCAGUCCAAUUUAUGCCUUUCUAGCUGCAGUGAAAUGGCUGAUAAGUGAUUUCCUCAUCUUCCUUUUGGAGUUUAACAUGAGUAGCUUCUGGCACACAGACAACUUGGCAGACGCCAAGGCUGUCUUCCAUCACUCUCACAAGCACAAGAAGCACGACACCCUGCAGCCCUGCGACACGGAGUACCCCGUCUUCGUGUACGAGCCGGCCAUCAAGGAGACCAACGGGCUGAUCGAGUGCGGGGAUUGCCAAAAGAUGUUUGUGGCACAGCAGAUUGCCAGCAGCAACCUGCUGCUCCUCGUCACGGAUGCCGCCUGCGACUGCAGCAUCUUCCCACCUGUCCUGCUGGAUGCAAAAGAAGUCAAAUAUAACGCCUCGGUGAAGUGCGACCGGAUGCGCUCCCAGAAGCUGAGGCGGCGCCCGGACACGUGCCACGCGUUUCACCCCGAGGAAAACGCCCAGGACUGCGGCGGUGCUGCCGAGCUCUGCGCCUCUCUGACGCUGCUCCUCCUGCCCCUGGCACUGCUCCUGCGGUGACACUGCCUGCGGCAGGGACACGGCGAGGGACAGAGCUGCGGGAGGAGAGGAGACAGGGGCACCUUUGGGGAUGCCCUCUGUGACUCCCUGCGGCUCCAGGGACAGUAAGGGUGGCCAGCACGGCUCAGACACGUCAUCCAGAUAAGUCUCCAGGCAUGGGCCUGCCUCGAGGAAGGAGCUAUGUGUGACCUGCCGAAGCAGCAUGAUGUUACCCUGGCCUGCUGGCUUCUCUGCAGGAGCAGCUCGGGUAUGGGCACUGUUCCCUCGGAGCAGCACCGCCCUGCCCGGAGAGGCUGCCCGGGGAUGUUCAGGGGCGAGCAGCCCCUGCCCUGAGCCUGGCAUUUGCAGCCGGGGAGCACAGGCUGUUUGCCACAGAGCUUUAUGAACAAGGGGUGGGGAGCACCCAUUUUUCUUCUCUUUUUGUAUG